UCUGAUUGUAGAAAACCACACAAAAGAAUUCUUAAGAGGGAGCUAACACAUCUUCUGAAAAUUUAAUUCUCUGGGAAUCUCCUCUUAACUUUGAGUAUUUAAAACUAUUUUUAACGUAUGCUUGCUUGGUGUUUGUGAUCCCCAAAGUAUUUUCUAGUCAUUGUAUUUUCCAGAAGUUUGCUAAUUCCUUCAAUCUUUUCAAAUCUUUAAAGAAGGCAUCAAAAUCUCAAUUUCUACAAUUUCGACUUUAUAACAAUGACAACCUUGUGACUUGUUGUUCCAUUGUUAAACUAUUAUACUAAAACUCAAUGUCUGUUUGUUUAGAAAGUAAAAAUGUAAAGAAUAUAAGUCCAAUGGUUAUCCUCACGAAGCAUUCCUUGUUGUGGAAAUUAAAGAAAACCAUGACGACACAUCAAACAAAUCGAAAACAAGAAAGUGAACCAUUGGAUUGAUAAAAUGGAGAUUCUCUCAUCUGGAUUCAUUGUGAUCAUUGUAUUCUGGUUAAUUGCCUACUUGGUUGAUACUAUAUUAAAGAGAUCAAGAAAAUAUGGCUUACGUUACGGUGAAUAUUUAAGAGAGAAUGGACUCGCUGUUUCCACAGUGCACAUCAGGUGGCAAACAGAAAUGUUUAACAGAAUGUUCGUUCAAAUUGGUCGACUUAAUCCUGACUUUUUACUCAUCUGGUUUAAUAUCGGUGCCAUUUUUGGAAGCGUUUCCAUGGUGAUUUCCGUCAUACUGCUGAGUUGGAUGUUGUUUAGGUCACUUAAUGAAUCAAAACCAGAGCAAGUGUUACAGCCAGUGAUGCCAGGGAUGAAUUUACCCUGGAACCAAGCCCUUUAUUACGUCAUCACGUUAAUAGUGGCUGGUGCAUUUCAUGAGAUUGGACAUGCUAUCGCUGCUGUGAGGGAAAAUGUGCGAGUUCUCAGCUUUGGUUUGUUUGUUCUCUUCGUCUACCCAGGAGCGUUUGUAGAGUUGAACACUGACCAGCUUGAGAUUGCUACUCCUGUACGAAAGUUGCGUAUUUUCACUGCUGGGGUAUGGCACAACUUCGUGUUAGCCAUUGCUGCUUUGUUGUUUUCAUCCAGCCUUCCGUAUAUGUUACGCCCGUUUUACACCCUCAACGAAGGCGUUGUAGUCACGUGGAUAUCACAGGAUUCAUCCAUCGUUGCAAACCUUCCAGUCGGAGACGUCGUGACGUCGAUAAACCAUUGCAAAAUUCAAAACUUGAACGAUUGGUAUACUUGUUGUCAAUCCAUUCGAAUGAAUCCAGUGGACGGAUACUGCAACUCCGAAUUUCACGUCAAAUUGCACAACACUUCAUUACCUUCACUUAUUACAAAUUUCAACGAACCUGAUUGUUGUAACCACACUAGCUCAUAUCGAUUUUGUUUUUACUAUGAUCGCUCCAAGUUGUUGAGUAUAUCAAAAAAACGACAAUUUAAAUUACAAAACGUAAAUUCUUUAAUUCGAACUUCGGGUAAUUACAUCACCAAAUUUACUGAACAUGCUUGUUUACCUGCGAGAACAACAAUGUCGCUUAAACAAAAGUGUCUGGGAAAUCGAGACUGCACCAAAGCGUAUGAAAAGAAUAUGUUAUGUUUGAAGCCAUUAACAAGAAACACAACUCGCGUUGUGAGAGUAACACAUGGAAAGGGUCAAGACAUCUUGUUUGUUGGUGACCCAUUUGAAUUGAUCUCUUCCGUGAAAAUGUCAAACUACAUACCAAAAUAUAUAUUUUCUCUUAUUAGCAUGCCCGAUCAUUUAAAAAUUUUAUCUAUGUACUUGCUUUCCAUCUCGUCCGCUUUAGCUAUUUUAAACAUGGUGCCAUGUUUUUUUCUGGAUGGUCAUCAAACAUUGUCCGUACUGUUGCUAAUGUUGUUUCCUGAUAAACCUACCACAAGAUCGCUGUUAGAACCAGUAAUAUUAUUUUUUGGUAGCUGCUUACUUGGUGUAAAUAUUAUUAUAGCUUUAUAUUCAUUGGUAGCUAAUAAAGACAUGUAAAUAUUUUUCCUUUAUUUUAUUUUCAUUCACUAUAAUAAAAAGCUAACUACAAUAAUA